AUGACGCUGAUAGACACGGCGUGUGUGGGGCAGCUGGGGUCACUACACCUAGCUGCGCUCGCUCCCAACGUCUCUGUCUUCAACUUCAUCUUCCAGACCUUCACCUUCCUGGGCACGGCGACAUGUGCAUUGGUGGCCCGCCAAUCCACACCCCAGCCCACCUCUGCUGCACAGUCACAGCAGAACCUACUGGCGAGCAGGGCAGUGACAGCAGCGAUGCUGCUGGCGGUGGUGGUGGGGUCACUGCUAGCCCUCGCGCUGCUCCUCUCCGGCCCCUCUCUCCUCCGAGCCAUGGGCUGCCGCCUGCCCUUCCUGCUGCCCGCCCUGCAAUACCUCCGCAUCCGCGCCCUCUCUGCGCCCUUCGUGUUGGCGAUUCUGGUGGCGCAGGGCGCAUGUCUGGGGCAGCAGGACUCGGUCACACCGCUGCUCAUAUUCGCUGCUGCCGCUGCGGUCAACGUGGCAGGGGAUGCACUGCUAGCGCUCUACAUGGGGUGGGGUGUGCGCGGAGCAGCGUGGGCCACCCUCCUGGGUCAAGUGCUGGCUGCGCUCAUCUUUGCUGCCAGACUGCGACCACGAGCACUGUUGGAAUCACCACCAUGCACUGUCUGUAAUUACCUAGCUUUCCCUUCUCCCCUAUCCAUCUUCCAUUGUCUCAUGUCAAGUUGGUUCGAGGAGGCUGCAGCGAUUGCAAGCAUGGCUGUGCCUCUUGUUACGCGAUCUGUGCUGGGCAUGGUGGUGUAUACACUCUUAGCGCGCGGGGCAGCAACUGUGGGGGUGGUGGCUAUGGCUGCUCACCAGGUCGCCAUGCAGGUGUUCUGGACUCUCAGUUACUUUGCAGAGCCGCUCUCCUUAGCAGCACAGUCCCUGGUGGGCCGAGACAUCAAAAGCAGACCAAAGCGUGCAUCGCGCACGGCCCGUCAGCUGCUGCUGAUGGCGACAGUCACAGGGGGCGUGCUGGCGCUGCUGGUGCUCUUACUCUCCCUCUGCGCCUCGCACCUCCUCUCCUCUGAUCCGGGCGUGCGCCGUGCCGUCAGGAGCGUGGCGUGGCACAGCGCGGCGUGCGAGUGCCUUUGUGCUGUCUCCAUGUCGCUUGAAGGCAUUGCUAUUGGAGCAGAUGAUUUUGGUUAUCUGCCAACCAUGCAACUGCUCAAUCUCCUUGUGGUUGCCGGCGCUUUUUUCGCCUUAUUGCGCAUUGGUCUCACAUUGACGUCCCUCUGGUGGCUUCUGGUGAUAUUCUUCGCGUUUCGCAUUGUGUACCACACAAUGUACAUCAUCUCAAGAGGCUCCAAGCAUGUGCUCCGGCGACACACGCGCGAGUGGACCAAGCCGAGGGAGCAGCGUGCCAUCAUGGUGUUUGUUGGGCUCGUGCCGGUCGUUGCCCUCGACUCCUACUUUGGGCUGGCGGAGAUGCCGGGGUUUGAGUGGCAAGUGGCGCUGCUACACCUCCUCAAGGACUGCUACGUUGCAUACGGCAUGUCUGAGUUCCUCGCUCUGCUCUCAGCUUUGCUCAAACUGCCUCCGCGGCCCUCCGCCCCUCUCCCUCACACCUCCUCGCACCGCAGCAUGCUGCAGCACUCCUUCCCCUUCUCUCUCUUCCUGCGGCCCGAGGUGCGGGCAAAUCGAGCAACGCUAAACCUCCUCUUCAAGUGGAUCCGCCAGUUCACGCUGCUCCUCCCCAUCCUCUCCCUCCUCUCCUUUCUCCUCCACCUCCAAACCUCCCUCUUCCAACCCUACCUCCCACUCCCUCCCCACAUCCACUCAUCCCUCUCAUGGCUCAUCACUCUCUCUCAGCACGCAUCACUCUAUCUCGCUGCGUACGCGCUCCUCCUCCUCUACCAUACCUUUGAACGCCCCUUUCUGCCGUUUAGCGCCCAGAGCAAGUUCCUAUGCCUGGUGCCGCUGGUAUUCCUGCCCUAUUGGCAAAAUGUGCUGCUGGAUGUGCUGGUGGGGUAUGGGAGGAUUCAGGCGAGUCAGCUGCCCUAUACGCCGCAGAAUUUGGAGUGGGCAGUUGGGCAUUUCCUUGUUUGCUGUGAAAUGCCCCCGGCUGCCGUCGCCCUGUGUUAUGCGUUUCCGGAAUCGGAGUAUAGUGUGGAGAGCAGGCGGAGAGGGAAUGGAGAAGAUGGGGUGGGUGAAGACCGAGAAUGA